UGUCGGUGUCAUCAGCUUCUUUUUUAUAAAUGAGAAGAAAACAUAUGUCUUUUCCCGUUUUGCAAACCCAUGGUUCUUCGUUUGGUUUAUACCAUCAUGUCUAAGUGUCAAUAGAAGGGAUAGUUGCUAAUGAAGGCGCUCCUAAUUUGCAGAUGUAGAGAUGGCGAAAGGGGAAUACAAACCAGUGUUCACCACUGAACAAAAGGAAAGUGUGAGCUUUGUGUCUCUCCUCUUUUUUCGAUGGAUGAACAGUAUCUUCCAGUCAGGUUGUCAUGGAACUUUAGAAGAAAGCGACUUUGUUCCCAUCUCAAGGGAAAACAGAACAGGUUCUUUGACAGAUCUCUUGGAAUCAAAAUGGAAUGAAGAGAAAGCUAAUUGCCAAGAGAAUGAGAAAAGGCCAAAACUUUGGAGAAGCAUCUUAAAGAUGGUGUCUUUCAAAGAUACAUUCAUCAUAGUAAUUGAUCACUCUUUGUACACAGUUUGGCGCCUUAUUAAGCCCCUGUUUCUCGGUUACCUGAUUUUCUCAUUGAUGUCAGCUGAACCUCAGAAAAAUCUGUCUCUGUAUGGUUGUGUGAUGGCAAUGCUCAUCUGUGCGACGAUUGGGGGACUCAGUGUUCAUUACUCUUCCUACAAAUGUGAUACCCUUGGUAUUGGAAUGAGCAGCGCUCUGAAAGGGCUAAUAUACCGAAAGACACUACUACUUGGCAAAAACAGAUUACUGAGAUUCUCAACAGGCCGCGUUAUUGACCUGGUUUCCAAUGAUGUCCAGCGACUGGAAGGAGAAACUGUCAAGUUUUUUUACUUUAUGAUUUUAGAUUUCUUUCUAGUCGGAGGUGCAACAGUAUUACUUGUGUAUUUCAUUGGUUGGCAGACUCUUCUUGGUGUUAUUGUCCUGUGUUUGCUUGUACCAUAUUUUGGGGUGCUGUCCUACGUCAGUGCUGCACUGCGCCUGCGGACAGCAGCUGUUUCUGAUCAGCGUAUUUCCUUGAUGAACCAGGCGGUUUCUGGGAUUCGCACCAUUAAAACGCACGCAUGGGAGGAUGAAUACCAGGAAAUGAUAAAACACCUUCGGAGCGAGGAAAUGAAUAUCAUUCGAAAGAAGAGUGCUGUUUUGGCAGGGGUUGCCGCGUUGCAGUACACUUCUGUGCCAUUGACAGUUCUAGUGGUAGUCAUUACAAUGGUGCUAACUGGCCGACCUAUUACACCUGUUAAUCUCUUCAUGCUUCUUCCUUAUAUCAAUACACUAAUAACAAGUAUUUGCUAUUACCAAGCUUAUGGUUCCUUGCAAACAUACGAAGCUUAUGCGUCACUCCAAAGAAUAGAAGAGUUUCUGCUUUUAGAUGAGUUGCAGGGGAUCUCUGAGGGUAACUUUAAAGAAGAAAUCUCAAGAUCGGACAGACUCUCAGCUGAACAGGGCAAAUCGGCCAAAUCCUCUAUCGGUGACGAGGAAGAACCUUGGAAGAAGUCUAAGUCUCUUUUUGUGUCAGGUCUUUCGUGCUCCCAGAGUGAUCAGGAGGAAGAGUUUACUCUGGAGAAUGUAGAAUUCAUUGCAGCACCAGAAAGUUUAACAGUCUUCACAGGACCCGUGGGAAGUGGAAAAUCUACUCUUCUUUUGGCUAUAGCUGGCGAAAUUUCAGAUAUCAGUGGUGAUAUCACUUUUCAAGGUUCACUUGCACAUGUUUCCCAAACACCAUGGGUCUUCUCUGGAACCAUAAGACAAAACAUUUUAUUUGGUCUACCUUACGACGAAACCAAGUACUCCAAAAUUAUUGAGGCAUGUUCCCUUACGGAAGACUUCCAUACGUUUCCUAACAGUGACCAUACAGUUGUAGGUGAGCGGGGCGCCGUUUUGAGUGGAGGCCAACGUGCAAGAGUAAGCAUGGCAAGAGCAGUAUACAUGAAUGCAGACCUGUACUUAUUGGAUGACCCUCUCAGUGCCGUGGACAUGAAAGUUGGACAACAUAUUUUUCAAAGAUGCCUCCUAGACCCACUAGUCUUGGGUAACAAAACACGAGUAUUGGCAACUCAUCAAGAGGAACAUAUGAAAGUUGCUGAUGAAGUAAUUCUAUUACAUAAGGGACGGAUGAUGGAAAAGGGAAGUUUAGUUGAGCUCCAGAAAAAGGGCUGUCUUGGCACAGUUCUUGAUCCGCUACACAUGAAGUCCCACAGAGACGGCGAUUCGGAUUUGAGUUCAGUUUCGAAGGACAAAGGGAAACCAGAUGUCAUGGAAAAAAGUACAACAAAAGAAAAACAUAUCAAGGACCUUGUAAUUUCGGAGGAAGAUCGCACAAUCGGAGAGGUGACUUUGAAGACUUACUGGGAAUAUUUCAGAAGCGGAUUACACUCGUUAGCGAUAUUUUCUUUAUCUCUUUUAUGUGUUAUUACUCAAGGUAUGAUUGUUGCUCCUGACGUGUGGCUUUCAUUCUUUUCAAAAAAACGUCUUGAAAAUCAGAGGGAGAAAAUGAACUUAAUAUCGUAUGGCUGUCUGGUGACUGCAUCCUUCGUAUUUGCCUUUAUUAGGGCACAUGGAUUUCUUUUGGCUUGUUUAAGAUGUUCUGAACAGCUUCAGGAUAAAAUGGUCACAGCGGUGUUAAAGGCACCAGUUUUUUUUUUUGAUUCAAAUCCAGUUGGAAGAAUUCUCAAUCGAUUUUCCAAGGAUGUUGGCUGCCUGGACGAGCUGUUGCCGGACACGUUUCUUGUCUCAGUCCAGGUUUUCCUGCUGCUACUUUCAUCCGUUAUGGUGCCAAUUGUCACAAAUCCUUGGGUUCUGUUUGUCGUUGUUCCACUGUCUGUAGUCGUUGUAUACAUCUCAAGGUAUUACUUGAAGACAUCCCGACAGCUCAAAAGAUUGGAGUCGAUAUGCCGAAGUCCUGUGUAUUCUCACAUUUCGGAGACCUUGAAUGGACUUGAGACAAUUCGAACGGGAAGACGACAUAGGGAUUUUGAGAAAGAGUUUUACAGAUUUCAAGAUGUUCAUACUCAGUCCUACAUCAUGGUGUUGGCCAGUGGGAGAUGGCUUUCUGUGCGCAUUGAACUUCUUUCCUCCAUUUUGACUGGCGUUGUGGCUUUAGCGGCUAUUUUAGUUUCCCAAGAUGCUGCUUUCGCUGGACUUGCUCUUGUUUAUGUCAUCGAGACCGUGGAACAGGCUCAGUUUGUUGUCAGAAAAACAUCGGAUGUCGAGAAUUCCAUGACCUCAGUCGAACGCGUUUUGACAUACGCGAAACUUGAUUGCGAACCUGGGUACAAAGUACUACGCCCUCCCCCAGAAAACUGGCCCUCAGAGGGAGGUGUAACAUUUCAAAAUGUGUCUUUGACCUACUAUCCGGGAGGACCACAAGUACUAAAAUACAUCAAUCUUGACUUGAAAGGAAGGACCAAGUUUGGUGUUGCAGGAAGGACGGGAGCCGGAAAAUCGUCCCUGGUGGCAGCUCUUCUGCGCAUGCCAGAUGCCGAUGGGAAUGUCAUCAUCGACGGCGUUCCAAUAAAGGAGAUCAACCUCCAAGAAGCUCGACGAUGUAUAUCUGUUCUUGGCCAAAAUCCAGUUCUUUUCAGUGGAUCGCUGAGAAGAAAUCUUGAUCUAGUAAAUCAAUUUCAAGAUUUUGAGUUGUGGAAAGCCUUGGAAGAUGUUCAACUAAAAGAGUUGGUGAAAAAUCUGGAAGGACAGCUGCACCAUGAGUUAUUAGAACAUGGCUCAAAUUUCAGUGCAGGAGAACGGCAGUUAAUUUGUUUGGCUCGUGUUCUGUUGCAGCAAAAAAAGGUCAUCAUCUUGGAUGAACCUACUGCACAAGUGGAUCCAGAAACAGAACAAGUAAUCUGGAGAGUCGUGCGAGAGAAACUGAAGAACUCCACAGUAAUAACUAUUGCUCAUCGACUGAACACCUUAAAAGACUGUGACAUGAUUUUGGUUAUGAAAAAUGGAAAGGUUGAUAGAUUCGACAGCUUCGACUCAUUAGUGAGAAAUGAAGAUCUCUAAAGCACUUUCCAACAGCAUAGUUAAUGUUUGCUCGCUGAGUCCAGUAAACUAUCCUUACCUUUAAAACACAUGAUGUUUCAUUGGGAACAAAUGGCUAUGGUAAAAUUCAUAUAUCCUUCUUAGUCGAAGAUUAGGUACGUAAUGAAAUUGUCAAAACAAUAUUUUUCAAAAUAAUGGUUGUUUGUGGAGAGUAAUGUGACUAAGUAAGUAUCAUACAUAGUAUACGAGUCUACGUACCGUUUUGAACAGUGACAUUUCUUGACGUUUUAGCAGGAUUUUACAUUUUGAAAAAACUUCUCAAGUUGAUAAGUACCAAGGCUGUAAAGAGCAAUGGUUUUCCCUUGAUGCCAGCCAAUCAAAAAAAUGCUUCUUACUUCUCAGAUGCGCGUAGUGUAUUGAUAAAAUAAUACUUAUAAAUACAGGAAGUGGACUUGAAGAUUUAUGAUAAACAUGUGCCGAUUUUCUGAUGAAAGCUCUACUGCGGAUACGAGAUAUAUGCGAGAUGUUACGAUGAUUGAUGAUAUGAGAUCAACCUUUAGGAAGCUCGACUGCGUGCUUCUGUUCUUGGUUAAAGACCUCUCCUUUUUGAGUGGGUUAAAAAAAGUUUGAAUUAGUGGAGAAAUAAGUAGAAAUUUAAAAGUUCUGAAGGACAGUGAACAGUAACGGUAUAAAACUAACCACGAGGAUAAUUUGGAUAUAUCAACAAAGUUGAAAUGGUAAAUUGGCCACCGUAACGUUUACA